AUGACAACGUGUCGUAGGUUGUGCCAAGCAAAGCAGACGUCGGUGAGGGAUUGUGGAUUUUGUGAGCCAAGUGAUUGCAGCGCGGAAGAUGUUCUGCUGUGGGUGCCCAUUCUCGACCCCACCACGACCAUCACCAUCGACAUCGCCAAAUACAUCGUCCAACAUGUCGGCAAUCGAUUCUGUAAGCUGGUUGAGCAGGAGAAGGAAGCUAUGUCCUGGGCCAAUCUGAAAGAUAAGAUAGCCUGGAAGAGACCUGUACAUCAAGUUCGUGAGAUAUGUGAUGUCUGCUGUACCACCCUCUUCAACGUACACUGGGUUUGUAGCAAGUGUGGCUACGUCAUCUGCAUCGACUGCUACAAGACUGGAGCCCAAAGGUGGGAGAAGUGUGUGUCCACCAAGUGCGAGCACUUGCCAGAAGAUCUGAUCAUCACUCAAAUCAUACCCAGCGAUGCUCUCUGGGAUUUAUGUAAGAAGCUGCAUGUUAUCAGAAAGCAAUAUGGAAUCCACAUCAACUGUAUCUGCAGUGAUGGAGUGCCAUCAAUGUUUGAGGACGAUCACAACAUAUUUAGUGAUGACUUCAUUAACAGCAACAACAAUAACAACAACAACAAUAAUAAUAAUAACGUCAACAACAACAACAACAACAGCAAUGCCAACCCGACCAGUGCAGAAGAGAAUGGAGAGCAAAUAAUCAAGAUGUCUGUCAUGACUCACAAUCAGAGGCAGGGUGGCAACAAGAACCACGAGAACACAACUGCUUACAACAUGAAUAAGGAGUUUCUCAUGAGAAAUGCUAACAAGUUGGAACAUGUCAUUGUCAAGUACAAUAUUGAAAUGACUAGCAAACUUUUCCCAGAUGUUCCUCAUAAAUGGCUCGAUGGUGGCAAGUUGCUUCAGCUUCUUGACCCCAAGAACCCAUUUAAUGUAAAAAUCUUCCAUCAACAGUGGCAGAAUUCUCAACCUGUUAUCAUAAGCAACUGUGAACAACAGUUAAAACCUGAACUCUGGACACCACAAUCUUUUCAGAAUGAGUUUGGCGACCUGCUGAAUGAUCUGGUUGACUGUGGCAACAAAACAGUUCUUGAAGGCUGCAAAAUGGCUCAGUUCUGGGAGGGAUUUGAACAUGUUCAGAAAAGAAUGAAGGAUUCCAAUAAUCAGCCCAUGAUAUUGAAGCUCAAGGACUGGCCUCCUACUGCUGACUUCAGCGAUAUGCUUCCAUCUAGAUUCACUAACUUACUCGAGGCACUUCCUCUGCCUGAGUACUCACACAGAAAUGGCGUCUUCAAUAUUGUUUCCAAUCUGCCUGAUUUCUUUGUCCGUCCUGAUUUGGGACCUAAAAUGUACAAUGCAUAUGGAUCCGCUCUUGAUUCAAAAGUUGGCUCAACCAAUCUUCAUCUUGAUAUUUCAGAUGCUGUCAACUUGAUGGUGUAUGUUGGAGUGCCAUAUGAUGAUACAGAGGAUCAUGAAAAAGCUGCUAUUGAAGCCAUGAGACAGGCAGGGUGUUGUGAUGAAACAAUGGCGCGGGUGGUCAAUGGAGCGUGCAAACCCGGAGCUCUCUGGCACAUUUAUGAUCCUCACGAUUCCGACAAGAUCAGACAUCUGCUCACCAAGGUUUCUAAUGAGAAUGGAGAGCCGAUUGAAGCCAAUUCAGAUCCCAUUCAUGAUCAAAGUUGGUACCUGGAUGAAGUGCUGAGAGACAGAUUGUUGAAGGAGUAUGGAGUGGAGGGAUACACCAUUGUGCAGUGUGUCGGGGAUUCUAUAUUCAUCCCUGCUGGUGCUCCACAUCAGGUGCGCAAUCUUCACAGUUGCAUCAAGGCAGCAGAAGACUUUGUUUCGCCAGAGAAUGUUGACUACUGUUUCCAGCUGACCCAGGAGUUCAGACACCUCUCCAAGUUUCACACAAACCACGAGGACAAGUUGCAAAUAAAAAAUGUCAUCUUCCAUACCAUCAAAAAUGCUGUGUCUGUUAUGCAAAACAGUUGA